AGGCAAACAAGAGUCAACACAAAGUAGUCUUCUUCUUUUUCCUGAGCUUAGUAUAUAAGAGAUGGGGAACAGUCUAAGGUGCUGUUUGGCUUGUCUUCUUCCUUUUGGAGCUCUAGACUUAAUCCGUAUCGUACAUUUAAAUGGUCAAGUAGAAGAAAUUACACAUCCAAUCACAGCUUCUGAGGUUCUGAAGAAUUAUCCAAAUCACAUUUUAAGUAAACCUUGUUCUCAGGGUAUAGUUCGUCGGAUUUUGAUCUUGUCGCCGGAAUCAGAACUCAAGAGGGGCAGCAUUUAUUUUUUGGUCACUGCCAAUUCUUUGCCGGAGAAGAAGAAAACCAAUAAAAAUGUCUCCAAAAUUAAAAGCAAAGAAUGUCAUGUUAGCAUACCUGAGAUUGAUCGGUAUUUAACUGAUGUUACAUUAAAAAAGAAGUUUUCCCGUCGAGAACGGCGGAAGGGUGCAGUUGAGGAAUGGAGGCCUCAUCUUGAGAGUAUUUCCGAGGACUAA